CUCAACAACACCUGGGAAGUGAAAUCAAACUGUGGCUCGCGUACAUACGGAGAGUUGGCCCCUGCGCCUUUAAGACUGCAUGUGGUCAGGUCUACAUCCCGCUGUCCCCAUGGCAGGCUGCGCGAGUGCACGCUUUCAAAGUUUGACUGGGGAAUAGAGGUAACAGUGGAGACGGCAGCAGCAGCGUCGCCCCGUCGGGAAACAGACACACGGCAAUCAUCAUCUCCAUGAAGGAGGGGGGAGGAAGGAUCGCAGCUCGCCUGGGAGUGUCCGACCCCGGCGAUAAGAACAAAGAGGGGGGAAAAAAUGACUGAGCGGAUUUUCGAUUUCUAAAUGGGAAACACAAGGAGGUUAAUGUAACACAGGGUCUGCUGAAAGGAGGGACUCCCGGCUGCAGCCUGCCCCUCAGCCAUGCCGCUCGUAUUCCGCACGCUGUUGUUCGGCUUUGUAACGCUGCUGGUUGUGGUUUUGAUAAUUGAUGAUAUUGCAGAAGUGGAGGAAGAAACUGCGAACACUGGACAUUCAAAGAAGAUGAACUUGCAGAAGCUCUUGCCUAAACCACACAGAAAGGCGGCGGCACACGUGGAUCCCACUGCUUUGACAAGACUGAGGAUAGAUGUGAACCACCAUCGGCCGAGCUACAAUCACACUGCCAAGCUCUCGUCAAACAACUGGACCUUCAACAAGACCCUCUCCAACCUCAUCAGGAAGAGUAUUCUGAGAUUCUUCGACCCGGAGAGAGACAUCUCGAUCCUCAAGGGCACUCUGAAACCAGGAGAUAUCAUCCAUUAUGUUUUUGAUCGCCACAGCACCACAAACAUCUCAGAAAAUCUCUACCGUCUUCUGCCAACCAUAUCCCCCAUGAAAAACCAACAUCACAGGCGCUGUGCCAUUGUGGGAAACUCUGGGAUUCUGCUGAACAGCAGCUGUGGCCCAGAGAUUGACUCGCACGACUUUGUUAUCAGGUGUAACCUGGCGCCAGUGGAGGAGUACUCUCGGGAUGUGGGGCGGCGUACCAACUUGGUGACCAUGAACCCCUCGGUGGUGCAGCGGGCCUUCAUGGACCUGGUCAGUGAAGAGUGGAGGCAUCGAUUCCUGCAGCGGCUUCAAAGCCUCAGUGGCAGCGUGCUCUGGAUCCCGGCCUUCAUGGCCAAGGGGGGAGAGGAGCGUGUGGAGUGGGCCCUCCGUCUCAUCCUGCUGCACACUGUGGACGUACGCACCGCCUUCCCCUCGCUGCGCCUUCUCCACGCUGUCAGAGGGUAUUGGCUCACCAACAACGUCCACAUCAAGCGUCCGACCACUGGCCUCCUCAUGUACACGAUGGCCACUCGCUUCUGCGAGGAGAUCCAUCUUUAUGGCUUCUGGCCCUUUGCACUCGACCCACAGGGCAAACCAGUUAAAUACCACUACUACGACACUCUGAAAUACGAGUACACGUCCAGCUCUAGUCCUCACACCAUGCCGCUGGAAUUCAGGACCCUGAGCACAUUGCACAGACAGGGGGCGCUCCGGCUCCACACUGGGACCUGUGAUGCAGAGAGGAGACCACAGAGGGAGCUCCAGAGCAAAUAGCUGGAUGGAAGAUCACCAUGGGAACCACUGUCUUGACUGAGAAGACUUUAUACAAACAGUUUACUUGUUACUGUACUUUUAUGAAACUUGAAUUAACUUAUUUUCAGUAAUUGGAAUGAACUUUUAUUUCUAUUUUGAGCUCUUGUAGUGACUCAUUUCACUGGUGUGUUUUACCUUUUUAAUGAGAUUUCUAUGGCAACCUUUAAAAAUAAUGAGACCGUUGUUGUCCAGCUCCCUUUUGCUGGUGUGACCCAAAUGUUCACAGGAGAUGGUGUCAUGUCCAUCUGUUGGCUGCUUCCUUGGACAGCCAGCGACCUUAAAACUAGGUUCCCAGCAUGGUUACAAGUUAUGAAUUAAGGAUUCCAAACACAUAUUUGUUUGCAACUCAUAAAUGAGUCAUGAGUUGCCAUAAAUUUAAUAUUCCUAGUUUAUGAUAUGAUAGGGCUUUCAUUAAUAGUGUGUUUUUAUUUUACCCAGAAUGUGAACAGCAUGAAGAGCUGUUGAAUUAAUUGUUCCUGUGGGUCACUGGUUGGGCCACAAGAUGGAAGCACUUAAUACUGAGGGAGAAUGAUGAUAAAAGAAAAAAAAAAAAGAAAAAAGUGUUUUUAGUGUGAAGAACCCUUUUGAUUCGGCUCUUUUUAAAAGAGUUGAUAUAUUUAACUUGUGAUAACUCCUGAUAGAGAACAUUUUACAUGUAUGCUUUUGUAGCUUCUUAUAAAGUACCUUUUAAAACAGGUCAUUCAUAAGCAGAAAUUCCAAAAGCCCAGCCACCGAGAACAGCUGUGUGAUAAUGUUCGGUUACCUGGAGAGCCGAAUGAAGAAACGCAAGCAUGUUGAAUUGUAUUCAACGUUCUGUGAGGAUAAAGGAGGAGUGUAGCAGCUGUUCACAUAGAAAUGUUUACACAGACUCAGUAAACCCACUUUGUAAACUUUUCUUGAAGAAAACCAGCCCUGUUAGUAUCUAGGUCAGAUUGUAGUUGUAUGGUGGUAUUAAUAGGAGCUUUGCAUUUAAAAAAAAAAAAAAAAAUUUGUAAUGAAUGUAUUGGUGAUUUUCUUAAAAAUGCUUCCCAACGAUUCCCAUAAUGUGCUUUAAAUAGACUCCAAGUCACAGUUAUCAGUGGUUUCAGUGCACUGAGAGGAGGAAGAGCUGAUAAGUAUGUAUGCCUUUAUUCAGUUGAAAUGAUUUAUUAAUUAUACAUGUAGUGUGUUGGAGUUAGUAAUCAAAUAUAGGUUGAUGCAGAUAUUUGCUAAUUUGAUGAAGCUGCCAGUAUUUGUGCCUGUAGAAAAAUUAGACUUUUUUUUUAAAAUUGGAACAUUCACACGCCCAGAAAUAAAAAAAAAAAAAAAAAAAUGUUUAUCCAAGUUAUUCUUGACAGGGUGGGAAACAUGGAAAAAUAGAGCUACAUGAUUGUCUUAAUAGUGUUACUCACUUCUGAAACCCAGAUAUGAAUAGACACUAAAAAAAAACAAAAAAAAAAACAGAAUGUGCAAAAAAGUAUGUUUUAUUACAGGUCUGCAGACUUGUUUUUAUGUAGUUGUCGUCAGGAAAGAAACGAGGCCAAUACCAGACUGAUUUUUCAAACUAAUACCUCAAUUUAAUGCUCGUUUGGUUAAUAUUUUUUUGCUUCCAAGCUCCACCUCAGUAAAAAUCUCAAAGUUUUUUGGAUUGUCUCGACACUGGGCCUUUUGCCAAACUUUGUGGGUAUUUUUCUGCAACAAAAUGCCUCUGUUAAUAAAAAUUAACAGGAGUAUUUGAAAUAUUCCAAGCGCUCUGUAGCUAAACAAGUCGCCUCUCAUGUGCUCCCAGCCAUGUGAUUUGUCCAUGAAAGUGUUGUUUUGACAGGAUGUGCCUGUUGACUUGCAUGUUGGCCUUAUUACGUUGCCAAUUAAGUUAAGAAUAGACAUGAAAGUUGUACUAGAGACGUCAGCAGUUUGAAGCAAUGAAAGGUUUAUUUGUGAAAACUCGUCUGAGCUCGGCAAAAAUAGAAACAUUCUGUGACCAACACUACUAAGUUAAUUAACCCAGAGUCUGGAAUCUGCCUCGGUUUAGAAAACUUUCUACUGACACGUACAGGUAGGUGACAGAUUCAAGGAAAAUGGGAGUAAAUGAGCGGAGAGAUGCAGUGAAUGCAGAUGCUUCCAUACAGGGCACAAGUGGGCCACUAAAUCAGAAUGAUGUGAAUCAUAUGCUAUGGCCUUCGCAGUCACCAGAUCUCAACCCAACUGAGGCCUGUGGUUGAUUUUAGAUUGACGUCUUUGGCAGCCCUCCACACCACUGUCAUGAGAGAAUAUAUUUUGGAGGAACUGGGUUCAUCCCUCCAGGAGAGUUUCACAGAUUUGAGGAAUCUAUGUCAGGGUCACCGCCGCUGAAGCUGCCCCAGCGGCUUGCACUGGCCCAACACCUCACUAAGAGACUUAAUGCUGGAUUUUUCCUUUAAUCUGUCACCCAUCUAUAGUUUCCGUUGUGAAACUCUGGUUGUGUUGUUUAAUCUCACGUUUUCUCAUGUAUACUUGUAUGUUAACAUGUUUAAUGUCCAUAUUCCAGCAAACAAAUGUUACCUUUUG